CGAUUCGCCUCGACCCCGUGCAAAUUCGAGAGCUGAUUUUUCGACUCAUAUGUUGCAUCGGAACUACUUCUAUCCAAACUCGAAUAAAACCGUGCAUACAAUCAAAUCACGCUGAUGAUUAUCACAAGCCCAUCAACCUUCUCGACCUUGUCGAGCCGAAUGAGAACAUUAAGGCAACUGUACCGGCUCCACGCCAUAGCCAUCACCAAUGGCUUAAUCUCUUCCCACCCGCAUCUCACUCUCCCCAAGCUCCUCUACCCCUUCACUCUCCUCCUCGCGGGCCCCACCUCGUCUCCUCCUCCAUGGACGGCCUAUGUCUCCUCCCUCUUCAAUUCCAUUGAUGAACCUUCCUCCUUUGGCUACAACACCGGCGUCAGCCCCACGCUUCUCUCCUCCCCCGCUCGCGCCCUCCACCUGUUCGCUGACAUGCUUAGAAGGGGAUCGGCCCCGCCUGACUUCCACUCUUUCCCUUUUGCCCUCAAGGCCUGCGGUCUCCUUCGGGACAUCUCUUCGUCUCAUUCCGUUCACGUCCUCGCCCUGAGGCUCGGGUUCUUGCCCGAUAUUUUCAUCAUCAAUUCUCUGAUUCACGUUUACUCGGUUUCAGGCCAUGGGUUCGAUGAGUGUGCUCUUAAGGAUGUUGUGUCAUAUAAUACGAUGAUCGAUGGGCUUGUGAAGUCGGGAGAUAUUGCUUCUGCCCGUCGACUGUUCGACGAGAUGCCGGAGAGAGAUUCAGCGACUUGGGGCACUCUCAUUGCGGGAUACGUGCAGUGGAAGAUGUAGGAGGCGAUCGAGUUGUUUUGCCGAACGAUGGAAACCCAACUUCGGCCCGAUAACGUCGCGCUGGUCUCCACCCUCUCGGCCUGUGCCCAGUUGGGUGAGAUGGAUAUCGGGGGGAUUAUACAUGAUUACAUUGUUCGGAACCAUAUUCCGGUCAACCCUUUCCUCUGCACUGGACUGGUGGACUUUUAUGCCAAGUGCGGAUCCCUUCAAACCGCCAUCCAGGUGUUUAAAGCGAACCCGGGAGGGAGAAAUCUCCUUACUUGUAAUGCCAUGAUAAUUGGGCUGGCAAUGCUCGGGCAAGGCCGAAGAUUGCUAGCUUAUUUUUCAAGAAUGGUAGAUAGUGGGGUAGAACCUGAUGGGGUACCCGUCCUGGGAGUCCUAGUAGGUUGCAGCCACUCGGGUCUUGUAACCGAGGUGUGCCAGAUUUCUGAUGAAAUGGAGUCGGCAUAUGGGGUUACUCGAGAGCCGAAGCAUUAUGGUUGUCUGAUGGAUUUGUUUGGACGAGUUGGUCUGGUGAAGGAAGCAAUGGAUUUGGUAAGGAAAGUGCUGGAAAAUGAAGAUAUCUUUAUAUGGGGCGGACUGCUUGGAGGAUGCAGAAAGUAUGGGAAUGUCGAAGUUGCAGAAGCAGCAGCAAAGAAAGUGAUGGAUUUGUACCCGGAAGAUGGAGAGGUUUAUUCGAUCAUGGCAGGGGUUUACGCGGGCGCUGAUCAAUGGGAUGAUGUGGUGAGGACUAGAGCUUCAAUGAGUGCAGGCCCUGCGAAGAGGAAGGUGGGAUGUAGUGUGAUUAAAAAAUUGAUGGUGUCACCAACGAGUUUGUUUCUUCAGACAUUUUGCAUACGAAGUGUGGUGAUAUAUAUUCAUUUCUCGAUGCCAUCGAGAAACAUCAGAUGGAAUCUCACUAGAAAAUCUGUCUUUGCUCUUUAAAGGAAGAAAAAUUCAGAAAGUAAGCCUUCCCAAGUUCUGUUA